AUGGAGUGGCUGCUAGAGGACCUGCCUGGGGCUGAGUGGGACCUGGGGCUUCUUUGGGGCCACCUGACGCACACCCUAGCCUGCAGACACUGUGGCAGCAGCUGCCUCCAGAGCCCAGGGAAUCUGGUUACACUCUUCUUAUUCGUGGUUUGGCAGAUCCGGAGGUGGUGGCAGCUUGGGAGAUGGCAACAGCUUCAGCCCUGGUAUUCUGGGGACAGGAUCCAAGGCAAGGGCCCACCACUUCUGUACCAUGUGGCUUUCCUUGACCACAUGUGGAAGCAGGAGGCAGAGGAGGAAGAAGAGGAGGAAGAAGAGGAAGCAUCUUUGGAUCCACUGAAGCCAUGUUCCCGUCCCAAAGAAACUCCUAUUGAAGAGCAGGCCACCACAGCCCCAUCCCAGCCAUCCUGUGGUUCUGAGGGCCUCCACAAGGCCAUAGGGACACUAGAACAAGUACAUACACAGACCCCAACUCUUUCCAGAUCUUACCCCACCUUUCAGAUCCUGACCAACCUGCAUGUGAAGUACAAGACAGCAUCAGGGAGCUGCUUACAGCAAAGAAAAAGCCAGCUCUUCUGGGGUCUCCCCUCUCGGCACAGUGAGUCCUUGGAGGCCAUCCUCCUGAGCUCAGGUGGUCCCUCUUCCCUGAAGUUGUCUGUUAGCCCUUCUGUCUUCUUUAACAAGCUUUCCUUCCUGCCUAGAUCCCCAGAAUUGCUGCUUCCCCAGUACUGCUCCCCAACCCAGCUUCCUACCCAUGAAGUCCAUGCUACAAAAGAUCUGGAAGGGAUGGCUUCUGAACCUCGGCAACUUCCCUGUCCAUCUUCUCCUCCUGUCCCAUCACUACCCCUCCAUCUUAAAUCCUUUCCUAUGGACCAUGAGAGAGUCCCAUCUGGCACUGAAGUGAAUACACAGUGGCUUACACAGCAGGAAGAGGUCCCUUGGGUCUCUGAGGAUCAAGCCUUGCACUCAGAGCCUAAACUCCAAAGAACCAGACCCACCAAGCUCUUCCAUUCAUCUGAGGUCUGGUGCAAGGUGCCAUGGGAUCCUGGCUCCCAACAACACAUUCCAGAUUCACUCUCUGCCUUUUUGGCAGAAUAUCCCUCUAGCCUCCUGGGAGCCCUAACUAAGUAUGAGGUCCCAUGUAAGACCAUAGGGCAAAAUGAGGACCUCAAAGACUCUGAGCCAGCAAUGCCAGCUCCCAGCCUAACCCCAACUUCUCUACCAGAAUAUCAGGGAGUCAGCUCUAUAGGAAGCUUGUCUGGAUCUAAGGCUCUCUGGGAACCCACAAGGCAAAGAGAGAUCUCUGAGCUUCCAAUCCCAGUCCCUUUCCAACCUGUAGACACCAUGAGAGAGGCUCAAGGAACUAGCACCCUGGAAGUUCCACCUGUACCUGAGACUCAGCGGGGAACCAUGGGACAUAAUGAGAGUAUUCAAGUCUUACAGCCCCUGAUGCCAGUCCUCUGUCAGCCCCCAGAUUCUCUGUCAGAACCCCAGAAAGUAAGCCCUGAAGGUGGACCUUCUGUGACCAAGGACUUCUGGGAAACCUUAGGGCACAAAGAGAAUCCUAGGGCCUCUGGGCCUCCAAUACCAGCCCCUUACCCUCCUCCACAUCCCCUACCAGAACUCCAAGGAGGCAGUUCCCUUGGAGAGCCAACUGAUUAUGAGCCCCAGUGGGGAUGCAGAGAAAAUUCAUCAAACCCUUGGGCUUUUGAACCUCCUGCCUUGGACCUUGACCCAGGGUGCUAUGGAACCAGGCCUCUAUGUGUCCCAUCAGGAUCAGAGACUCCAUGCAAAGGCAUGCAGGGUAGAGAAAAUUGUCAGGUCUCUGCAGACCCAGUUUCAUCUUCCAGCCUUCCCUCACCAUCUCUGUUGGAGUCCCUAGGAACAGGUGCCCAGGCUGUCCUGUCUGAGUCCAAAGCUUUGUGGGAGGCCAUGAGGCAGAGAGAGAACCUCUGCACCCCAGAGUCCCCAGCCCAUGCCCACAGCCCAUCUCCAGUGCCUGUUCCAGAAUCCUGCAGAAUCAUUCCUGUGGGAGGCCUCAAUAGGUCAGAAGCUGCAUGGAAGGACACUGAUCAUUUCAGGAAUUCCUGGGCUUCUGAAUCCCCAUCUUCAGCCUUCAGCCCACCCCAUGCUCUUGAACUGGAUUCCCUCAGAGCUAGCCCUGCGGGGGUCCUGUUUGAUUCUGAAGCUAGAUGUGGGGACAUACAAAUGAGAAAGAACUCCUGGGCCUCAGAACUCCAGGCUUGCAGCUUACCCCAAGACCCAUAUGGACCCAAUGCCUUGGAAGUCCAGUCUGACUCUGAGUCUAUUGGAGGGGUCAUGGGGCACAAAGAAAUCUGCCCCAAUCCACCCUCAAAUUCUAUGUCAAAGUCUCACACAAGUGAGCCUACUGAAGACCAACGCAACUGUAAAACUGAGGGAGCAACACUGGAGCAGAAAAAGAACUGCUGGACCAUUGAUUUCCCAGCCCCAGCCCCCAGGUCACUAUCUGCUCCUCUACCAAAAAAUCCACACAUCGACCCUGAGUUUGUGCGGGGGAAUGUGCAGCAAGGAGGGUUCCCUCAGGACCCCCACCCUCCAGCAGUGGAUCCCCUACAGCCAAUACCCUGGCUUCCCACCCUAGAUGAAGCACUGAAGAUUGAGCCCAACCAGCCUGGCCUGUCCAAGGGAGAGCUGUUUCUAGGAGUUAAGGCAGAGACUCUAUCCUCUCAGGAAGAGGAUGUCCCAAAGGUGCCCACGAACCCUGGGAUCCAGGCCUGGCACUGGAGUAGAGAGUUGGAACUCAGGCUGAAGACACUACAGCAGAGCCCUGCUUCCAGAUCUCUUGGCCCAAAUAAAUCAUUUGGCAGCUCCUCUGCUCUAAGUCCCACCACUCAAGCCACCCAGAGCCUCUCUUCCUGCCCCCCACAGCAGACUCAUCCACCCAAUCUGUGCCCCCACUCUUCAAGCUGUCAUUCCCCCAAAAUUCAGAGCACAGUAACUCAGCCUGUCCAGAUCUCCCACUGUUAUCACUCCAAUUCCUCUUCCCAUUCUCAGCAACAAAAGUCUGACAGGGCAGAACAAGGGUCUCAGAAAGAGCAAAGAAUGAAAGCGAAGAUGGUAUCCCAGAUGUCAUUCCAGGGGUCAUGUAGUCACAAAAAGGCUGGUAGGAAAUGCCAAGGCCUGGAAGGGCCCUCAAAUCCUAAGGUUCUUGCCUCAGGCAAGAGACAGGACAAUGCUUCAGCCCUACCUUUAGCCACAAAGAGAGAGAGCCCCAGGAAACCCAAAGGAGACCACGGCGGAGGGGAUGCAAGAUUGGGGUCAUCCACAGUUACAGGGAAAAGCCAGCCAGUCCAGGCCAGAAGACUAGCAGUGGUCCCUGUAAGCAGGCUUUCCCAAAGAGCUCAGCAUAGGGACCAGAGCUCUCAACACAGUGCUCUCUCCCCACAGCUUAACUCCAAGGCUGUGGGUUCCCAAGAUAAGCAAGGGGCAAGGCUGGAAGCUGGUGACACCCUGGGCCCUCAGCACUGCAAGCACUGUCCUUGGGCCCAGAAGCAUCUUUCCUCCCCCACACCUCAGGCUCCCCUUACCAGGGGUCUCCAAAAGUUGUUAGCCAAAAUUCUAGGCACCUAUGGGCCUAGGCCCACCAAAUCAUCAGCAGAAAGGCUGGUAGUAUUACCACCCAACAUUAAUACCCCAAGACCUAAAGCCAAACCACUUGGGAGAUGGAGAGACAAGCAAAGGAAAUCCUAA